GUGCUAGAGGCAGUGACACCGAGGCACUGAGCAGCGCCAAGUUGCUAGGUAACGCGAGCCAGGUGCUAGGCGGCACUACCCAAGCGAAUGGUGGCGACGAGAUCAGGGCAAACAGGCGUGGGGUCGGUGGCGCCAAUAGGCUGGGCAACAGUGGGCAGCAGCCAAGUGGCAGCGCUGGUGGUUGGCAUGGGUCAGUCAGCAACGUAGACAGUGGGCAUGAGGAUGGUGACGCCAAAAGGGUAAGCGACGCCGAAGAGGCUGGGCUUGGCCACGCCUCAACUAGGCCUGGCUUGAACGAGCUGGGCAUUAAUUUUGGUGACACCUUGGGCUUGGGCUUUAGUGCCAAUGCAGGAGAGAGAGGAGGCAGCGUCAACGUGGGAGAGGGAGGAGGCGGGGCUAGUCUAGGCCCUGGGUGGCGCCAGCCAGGCGUGGAGCGGUUAGGCGAUGGCACUGGCAGUGAGCAGCGGUCAGUCAACCGUGUCUGCGACCUGGGCGGUAGUGGCGAAUCUGAUGGGAACCUAAGACUGGGUGGAUCCCUUAGUAGUAGACUGGGUGUUGGGAGAGUGGACCCAUGCAUGGGGGAGACAAACUUGGGCACUGAGACCUCGCUCAGAGAGGUAGAUGGACCAUGUUGUGGAGGGGAUCGAGGUAUCACCUUCUGA